AUGCCCGUCUACGCACGAGUUGGCACCCGCGCCCACCGCGCAGGCUCGACGCGAGGGCGUGGCCGCCCGACAAAUGCAGGUCCAGCUCAAGUGAAAUCAAUAUUGGAGGACAUCGGAGAGUACCGCGCGCUGAAGGCCGGGAAUGCCCCGCAGAAUGACAUUAGCACCGCGAUCAACAAGACGGCGCGAAAGCUCAUAGGGCUUUAUGGUUGGGAUGAUCCGCUUCGCGCGCAGAAGGAGACGGAGCGCACGGAGAGCGGCGACUUAUCGCUGAGUGAGGAGGAGCAGAAACGCAGAGAUAAUGUAGUCAAGAAAGUCCGCAGAGAAAUCAGUAAGAUCUGGCGUAAGAACAUGCUCGUUGGGUGUCCAGUGACGACGGUCAAGCCAGUCGCGGAGAUUGCAGAGUUGAUCCGGCUCUUCGCGACGAGACCUCGUCGAAAGCAGGCGUACAAGAUCUGGGCAAAGUCUCACGCUCGCCCUGAACUGGAAGCCGAGGUAGAUUCUCGCCUUGCUUCCAGGACACAAGAUACGUCGACAGGCACCGCCACCCCUCCCCGUGUAUCCAUGUGGAACACGGUUGCGUCUGAGUGGUUCAAGGCGUCGAGCAUAGAAGAGCAGACAUUGGCUCGUAAGGAAGCCCAACGGAUCCACGCAGAGGCCAUUGAAAGGUGGGAUGCGAGUGCCUCCGCGGUCCCGAUGUCGCCCGAAGAAGCUAUCGAGUUCAUGGAGGCAUCGCAAGUCUUUUUGGGUGAUCUCAUGCACUUUUUCGCCAACCGUGCUUCUGGAAUCGCCGUCUUGUUCAUUGGCGGUCCAUCUGGCUCAAGCCUAGUGUCCGAGGGUGUAUGCGAUGUUCCUGGACAACCUAAGUUACUGUACUCAGAAGCGAACCCGAGUGCAUGCGGACAAUUCAAGGACCAAUUAGAUAAGCAAGUGCGACUGUUGAACGAGACCAAGUGGCCUCAAGCACCCAACGUGGAUCAUUAUAGCUCUGGUUUCGCCCCUACUGACGAAGAGCAGGAAGUAACGGCAAGAAGAGAUGGGGAAGAGAUGGAGGCGAACGUCGAUGCUCAUGAUGAAGGCAGUGAUGAGGAUCAGAGCGAUGACGAGAGCAGCAUCACGUUUGCGGGGAGGGCGAGCGAGCUCGAGUUCAUAGUCCCACAGCCUUCGGCCAGGGUCGAACGCCAGUGCGCGGCUCAAAGCACACCCUCGGCUGAUCUUGAUGGCGCCGCAUCCCCUCAUCAUCCUGCUUCGUUUGUCACCGAUGGAGUGGACCCCUGGAAUGAUUAUGACAUAGGUAACCCGGACAUGGCGGUUCCUGAAGAUCUCAGAAGGCGAGACUACGAUAUACGAACAACGGUGACCCCAUUCGCACCUCGUAUAACAGGCUAUGGUACGCGCUCUGGUGUACAUCCGGCAGGCUAUAACGAAGCCUUCCACUCUGCCAUAGCUAAGAUCUUACCGUACAAGGCGUGGUUAGAGGAGUCAAACACAAUAAACUUCUUCAAGGCGGUCCCAACCAAGCUUUCGGGUAAGGUAGAUGAGGAUGUCGCAUGCGCUCUAAGUUUGGCAUAUCUGAAAUAUGAGUCGAGCAAGGCGGAUGAGAUGGCUUUGACGAUGAGGAAGAUACAAACCACAACCGAAGCAGUAGCCGUUGAACAGCCAAGAUACAUGUUCGACUUGCACUUGCGCGACUUUACGUCACGAUGGAAUGGGAGGGCCACCUACGGGGAGAAUAGAACCACCGCGAAGAUGGACGCAGACGUCAAUGUUACAUUGCCCCGUCAAUGGGCAUUACUUCAGCCACAAGAACGCCUGGAUAGACAAGGGCAGGUAUGCGUGACAGCUGACUCUAGCAUGAACUGGCGCAAUGCUUUGUCUCCCGGCUUGGAAGGCAUUCGCAUUCUUGUGGUGACGCUGCUGGUAUGGGCUUGGAACAUCAGAGGAGAUGAGGAGCGGUCGGAAUGGUCGCGCCUGGCAUCUGAUGUGUCGCAAGUAUUGCACGUCUUGACUGAGAAGGUCGGUAUUCUCGAAACAGAUAGUCCGAUAAGGCACAAUGGAGAUCAUGGUGUGAACGGACGCCAGAGGUCUGGACGCCAGGGGAAGAAGAGUGCCAAGCUUCGAGCAAUGGAGGGCGAUGAAUGA